AUGUCACGACAGACAGUCACCUCACGUCAGCGUCGCGUGCUCACUUCCAAAGAAGCUCGCGAGAUCACCCUUCAGAACCAGCUCGACUCACCUCUCUUACGACUGCCGCCAGAGAUACGCAACAAGAUCUACGCGUACGCGUGUUCCCGCACUCAGGCCGUCUUCAACAACAGUCCUCGAGCCCGCAAGUCCACAGCCAUCAUAUCCACCUGUUCCCAAAUGCACCAUGAAGCCCACGCCAUCUUCUUCGCGCAUGCGACAUUAGAUCUGAGGGCGCUCCUGUUCUCGGAGUUCCCACAGACGCUUCCACAUGCGGACUUCCGGCUCGUCACUUCCAUCCAUCUACGAUCGCAGCGGAUUACAAGGCUUCUACGGGAGGAUGAGCAAUUGGUAGCGGAACGACAGGGAGCUAAACUCUUCCCGGAACUGGAGCGAGUGUAUGUCGCUGGUUGGAGUAAAUCGCGCAUGCCAAAGGAUAGUUUGGGGGUUGACGCGCUACGAACUUGGGCGGGAAAUGCGGAUUUGCAAGUGGCGCACAGCUCAGCCUUCUAG